CUCCUGCGUGCUGGUGGCGGUGGAGCAUGGACCGAAACCCCUCGCCGCCGCCGCCGAGGCGGGACGAGGCCGAGGAGGAGGUGGCCGGGGGCGACUGCAUAGGGAGCACGGUCUACAGCAAGCACUGGCUCUUCGGCGUCCUCAGCGGGCUCAUCCAGAUUGUUAACCCUGAAAACACCAAGUCCAGCUCAGAUGGUGAGGAGCAGCAGAUGGAGCUUGAUGAAGAAAUGGAGAAUGAAAUUUGCAGAGUAUGGGAUAUGUCAAUGGAUGAGGAUGUGGCUUUAUUUCUCCAAGAAUUUAAUGCUCCUGACAUAUUUAUGGGAGUGUUGGCCAAAUCCAGAUGUCCUCGAUUAAGAGAAAUCUGUGUGGGAAUUUUAGGUAAUAUGGCCUGUUUCCAGGAGAUAUGUGUGUCUAUCAGCAGUGAUAAAAAUCUUGGACAGGUAUUAUUGCACUGUUUGUAUGAUUCAGACCCUCCUACUCUGCUGGAAACAAGCAGGUUGUUGCUUACUUGCCUUUCCCAGAUGGAAGUGGCCAGUGUCUGGGUUGAGAGAAUUCGAGAACAUCCAGCUAUUUAUGAUAGCAUUUGCUUCAUUAUGUCAAGUUCAACAAAUGUUGACUUGCUGGUGAAGGUGGGGGAGGUUGUGGACAAGCUUUUUGAUUUGGAUGAGAAGCUAAUGCUGGAGUGGAUUAGAAAUGGGGCUGUUCAGUCUCUGGAUCAACCCCAGGAAGAUUCCGAAGAGCAGCCAGUGUUUAGAAUUGUGCCCUGUGUACUUGAAGCUGCCAAACAAGUACGUUCUGAAAAUCCAGAAGGGCUCGAUGUUUACAUGCAUAUCUUACAGCUGCUUACCACAGUGGAUGAUGGAAUUCAAGCAAUCGUACAGUGUCCUGAUACUGGAAAAGACACUUGGAAUUUGCUUUUUGACCUGGUCUGCCAUGAAUUCUGCCAGUCUGAUGAUCCCCCCAUCAUACUUCAAGAACAGAAAACAGUGCUAGCCUCUAUUUUUUCGGUGUUGUCUGCCAUCUAUGCUUCACAGGCUGAACAGGAGUAUCUAAAGAUAGAAAAAGGCAAGUUAGAUCUUUCUUUAAUUGACAGCCUGAUUCGUGUCUUACAAAAUACGGAACAAUGUCAGAAGAAACCAGAGAACUCAGCAGAGUCUCACACGGAGGAAACUAAAAAGUCUGAUUUAACCCAAGAUGAUUUCCACUUGAAAAUCUUAAAGGAUAUUUCAUGUGAAUUUCUUUCUAAUAUUUUUCAGGUAUUAACAAAGGACACUGUGGCUCAGGGACUAAAGGAGGGCCAGUUAAGCAAACAGAAGUGUUCCUGUGCAUUUCAAAACCUUCUUCCUUUCUAUAGCCCUGUGGUGGAAGACUUUCUUAAAAUCCUACGUGAAGUUGAUAAGACUCUGGCUGAUGAUCUGGAGGAAAGUUUCCCAAGUUUGAAGGUUCAGACUUAAAAACUGAAUUGGAAUCUCCUCUGACCAAGAAAUAAGCUUUAUUUUCUUCACUGACAGUGGAAAUUGACAUAUAGGAAAUAUUAGAUAAAGCCCAUAUUAUACCGUAGUUGUCUAGGAUUACACUCCUGCCCUUCUCCCUCCCCCAGUCUAUCUCAUUUUUAUUUGGCAUUGGAAUCUGGAGUUUCACCACUGUCAAGCCCCCCUGCCCCCCUUUGUUGUAUUGGUUAUGUGGUAUUUGUUGUCUUCAGGUAAAGAAAACAAAAAUGCAAGCUUAUCGUUGAGAUUCUUUUUAGAAUAUUUGAGGGGUUGGUGAGGAUUUUCUUCAUAAUCUUUAAUUUGAUUUUUACGUGAGAAUUUUGUAUGUGUAUCCACUGCAAGUGCAUUCAGCUGCACUAAUAGAAAACCCUACUAUAAUAGCUUAAUCCAAUAGCUUUUAUGUAUUUUAUGCAAUAAGAAAUCCAGAGGUGGGCAGUCCAGACCCAGUUUGGUGGCUUAUGGGCCCUAAUUCCUUUCACCUCUCCACCUGGUCCACCAUAUAGACCUUUGUGUUCAUGUUUGUUGUCUUGUGAUUAAGGGGACUAUAACAUCUCUGGACCUUUCAUCCGUUCAGGGAGGAAAAAGGAGAAAGAGGCAAGGGGCUUUAUCCUAGCAAGUCUUUACCUUUUUAUUUGGAAAGGGCAGCCCUCCCUGGCCAGAACCGUGUCUCAUGGCCAUCCGUAAUGUGAGUGUUUGAGGUCAAGUACGUUUUUUUCUUUCUAGCCUCUGUAGGAGAGAGAGACAAGAGAAGGGAGAUUGGAAUGGCUUUUGGAUAACCAGUCCAUGAUGUUUGCCACAGUAUGCAAACGUAUUUUAGCCAUUUUGUUACUGUUAAUUGUGUUGAUUCCAUGCCAGAUUGUUAGUAACAAUGCAAAAGCAGUUAUUAGUUUAGCUUUGUUACAGUUGAGUUUUUUUUCAGUGUUGUAUGUAUGAAGAUAGAAAUGCUAACAUUUUGGUGAAAGCAUAUUAGCAAAAAUCUCUAUUUUCAGCAUAAUUCCAGUGGUUGAGUUUCAGAAAAUAAUUUGCUCGAGUGAAUUCAGAAUUUUUUUUUUUUUUUUGGUGAGGAAGAUUAGCCCUGAGCUAACAUCUGUUGCCAAUCCUCCUCUUUUUGCUGAGGAAGAUUGGCCUUGGGCUAACAUCCAUGCCCAUCUUCCUCUCCUUUACAUGUGUGACACCUGCCACAGCAUGGCUUGAUAAGUGGCACGUACGCCUGUGCCUGGGAUCUGAACCUGCAAACCCUGGGCCACCAGAAGUGGAGCACGCAAACUUAACCACUAUGCCACCGGCCUGGCCCUGAAUUCAGAUUUUUUUAAAUUAAGACUGAUGGAGUUUAAUAACUUUUGAUUGUUUACACACCAUGCUAUAUGUGAUUUUCCCUCUCAUUCUUUUAUCAUUCUUCGUAGUACUUCUUAAUGAAAUAUAUUCGGAGAAUCAACCAGGUACACUUAUGGAAGCAUCCAGUUUACGCUGUUUUCACUUACUGAAAGUGGAAUUGUAACCAAACUCAGUAGGUUCAUCUCUUGGUGAGUGCAGAGCCAAAAAGCACAACCAAGGCAGGAGUAGGUGAAGAAAGGUUUAUUACCUGCACAAGCAAUGGAGAACACCGGGGGUAACUCCCAAAGCAGCGUCUCCCCACCACUGGAGACUUGGUACAAAAGAGGGCGGAAGAUCGGGGUUUAUUUGCAUAACAACUCUGUUCUUUUAAGGCAGCUGCAUAGCAUGUUUACGUGUUACUACAUACAUCGCAUGAUCUAAAAAUUGCUGUUUGGACCCUCCCAGAGGAGGAGAAUUUGAGAUGGUAAUGAGUGUAGGUACCUUUAGGACGUCUGGUGCUGGAACGUUUUGCAGGGGUCUUUCCUGCCAACCUGUGCUUCUCUGCAAGACAACAACUUCUGCAAAACAGAACACAUCGUUUCUUGUUGUCUGAAAAGCACUUGACAGAUUAUGUUGUUAACCAGAUCCUCAGUAACCCUUUCUUUGCCUGGUUCCCUGGUCACAGAAUUUUUAAUGGAGUUUAAGAAAAUAUCAGUUAUGAAUCACAAAGCCAGCUUUUACCCCUCUCCUGGUACAGCCCCUUUCCAAUUUACUGCCCGGUCUGCUUGGCUUUAAAGCAUUGUUCUUGCCUCGCACUUUGUCUUCUUUCCUUGAGUGACUUUUGCUGAUAAAACACAGGAGACAGCAUUAUUGGGAAGAGGUAUAUAAUUUCCAUUUGGAGGUAGUUUUAUUGUUGAAAAUGUCCCUGCUGAAAGGAAGUGAACUAUAAGAUUAGAAUCUUACUGUUGAAACUCUAAUUGGGAGGUUUACUUCAUGUAUAUUUGCAUGUCUUCCGUGCUGACCUUAUCCAUAGGCUGAACACAACUGUGCUUAACACGAGAGUUCAAGGUGGAAUCACUCCUAGCCGCUAGCCAGUGCUAAAAAUUCCGUUCUGGUUAUCUCUUGAAGUUUAAAAGUUAAGAUGCAAAUAACCCCCAUGAGAGUAAUAAUCCAAUUUAUUAGUCAUGUUUCCAUCAGUACGUGUUAAUUUCACAUUUUGUUUUCCUGAGAGCAUGUUGUAAAAGGGGGAGCACAAGAAUCUUGGGUAUCUGAGGGAAAGAGUCAGCUCAAAGCGGGAAGUUAACAGAGGGAGAAAAGGGAUACAUGGUGGGAAGGCUGGGAUGUCCAAGUUAUUCUGCUUCCCAUUUCUGCCUUGGACCUGCCCUGUGUACUUGUUAGUAAUUGCUAUUGUAACAUUAUGAGGUGGUGCAUAUUUUCAUAGUACUUAUUUUGAUAUGUUUGAAAACUUCCUAAAUCUAUAAAUUAUAAUAGUUUUUUUUAAAAAAAUGAGCAAUGUUAAUACUUUUUUGAUGUACACAGUCUGAUGAAUUCACCCCAAAAAAUUUAGUGCUUGCGUUAGGUACAGUGAUAUUUUGAAAUGGUGCUUUCUCCAGAAGCAUAAAUAUGAAAUUUGGAAUUAUACAUAGAAAUGAAAUUGAAAUUCAUUCUUUUCCCUAUACUUUAUUGCAGAGGAGGGGAGAAAUUACAAGAGGAACUUGAGUUAGCAUUUGUUAAACCUGUCAUUCUAUUUCUAAUUAAAUUUGAAUUUGAUUUUUGAAGUAUCUAAGGCACUUAAGACAGAACGCAGAAGACAUGUUCUCCUUCUACCUUCUGCCUUUUUUUUUUUUUUUAAGAUAUUUUAUCCCCUGCUGUUAAUGGGAUAUAACUAAAUUGUUUUCUUGGUUGAUCCAACUUUCUAGAUCAAAAGACUUUCCACUCUUUCUUUAAUAUUUCCCAUUGCCUUGGCUUUGAGUUAGUUACCCUGAAUAACUGGCAUGUAAGUGGAAAAAAGUUUUAAAGCCAUAUAUAGUUCAGCAUAUAUAGUUUUUUUGAUGAAGCAGGUGCAGAAACCAACCGUAUUAAUUAAGACAUUAAGAAACAACCUCUGUUUGGGAUUCAGAAAAGCUUAAAUGCCUGAAAUGUUAAACACCGUUUUCUGUGAAGGAGUGAGCUAUAGUGAUGCCGUGUCUGAGAGUUAACUGUGAAUUUGAGUAAAGUGAAGAAAAGGAAUAUUGGGGUUAUAGAUUAUCUUGCCUAUUUUAACUGGCAUUUUUAAAAACCUCAUCAGUAGCCUGUUGUUUUAAGAAAUAGGUCCAUAUUCAUUUAGGACUUGAGCUUAUAUUAUCUUUUACCACUUUGCAGCUCCAUCUCCUCUCUGCUCCUGGCAGAAGUUUUAAGAAAGAGGAAAUAGGUAAACACCCCUCUUGAAUUAGUCCAUACCAGUACUUUUCUUUUUAUUGCUGUGAUGAGAUCUAAUCCGAGAACCAUUAUUCAAAAUCAUGUAUUUAUAGUGAGAUGAUAUGUCUUGAAUUUGCUUCAGAAUAGUCUGGGAUGAGGGGAAGUGAGUGAGUUAAGGGAGUAGAUGAAACAAGAUUGGCCAUGAAUUGGAAUUGCAGAGGCUGGAUAAUGAUUGCAUGGAGAUCCAUUAUACUCUUCUGUUUUUGUAUAUGUUUGAGGUUUCCUAUUAAUGUUUUUUAAAAGCAAGUAAAUCACACAUAUUUUUAAGCCUUAAUUUAAUUAUGAAUGAUGCUUAUUCCUUUUACGUCUAAAUAAAAAUCUGUUGUAUUAGCA